AUGAGCAUCAUCAUUGUGACCUUUUCUGGCGCACCCCAGGUGUCACAAGAGGCCCUACAACAAGAGGCCGAGCUAGAGACACUCCUCGAGGCCAAAGUGGAAGGUAGGUCUUUUGAUGGCCUUUUGAGUUGCGAUUAAGAUUACUAUGCAGCUCUAAACCAUCUUGGCUUGGUCUCACUCACAAUAGGCUUUCAUGUUAAUAUGUCAUCACAUCAAAAUGAAACUUGAUAACAAUAACAAUAACUCUGAGACAAUGGCAGCUUAAUUCUCUCCUCUGAGGACAGUGACCGAUCAUUACAUAACUCUCUCCCGUUCUCUCUGUCUGUAUGUGUAGAGAUUGUCAAUUUGCUAAGGUCGCGGGACAAGGACCCUGACCUGCUGUACGUGAUGAAGUUUCUGGUCUCUGAGGAUAUACCUGGUCUGCCACCAGGGGGAGGAGUCACCAGCAAGUAAGUCACUCACUCACGACUCAUCAUUCAGAGUUCAAAAAGUGACAUAGAGGCCUAGAUGUGUGUGACUGAAUAGGAGUAAUUUUGUAUAUUAAAUGUUCAUAAUUUUUCAUUUGCAGAAGAGACUGUGUAAUCUCUGCAUAUCAGAAGUUUGUAACGCCCUUCAGAUCUCUGGAACCAAUGGUAGGAAACGGCCAAACAUAG